AUGCGGUCGCAAUUGGCCCGGCAUGUCUUGCGACGCCUUCUUGCGGGCGACUUACCCGCCUUCUUGCCUCCCACCCUCAUACGCUCCCGCCCAACAUUCCGCAAAUAUCCCGUGGGAUCCAGAGUCGCAAGAACACAGCAGAGAAGAACUUUUUUCAAUUUAUUCGAAAAACCCCCCAGGGUACUAAAAGAACUCAGUUCCGAGCCGGGUUACGAUGUCUUGCUCAAAUUCAAUGCCGCAGGGAAUAAUGUGCGACCGCCUACCCGGGUUGAACUUGUAAAGGCAUGGCGAGAUCUAUUUGCCUACAAGAUCCGGCAGGGGAAGGUCGUGAACUCUACACAGGCCUUGUGUGCCCAUCGAGCCUUAACAUAUCUAUGCGAUCAAAUUACUCGCAGUCGGGACGAACAACUCACCGCGGAUGAUCUCCGAAAUGCUAGGGACUGUUUACUCGUACCUCCAAGGGACGACUUCACGAACCAUGCUGAUUGCUUGACGGCCAUUUUCAAGGAGUUGCGCACCAGAAAUGCGCAAGUUCCCAAGGACUUUUCGGCUUCACUGCUCUCCUUGUCACAAUACGGAAGGGCGCUUGAAGCGAGGGAUUCGCUUUUCGAAUACCUUGCACAGACGGCCAAUAAAGAGAGUGAAAGUACCCGUUUAAGCUAUUUUAUACCGAUUAUCCGUGGCCUUGCCAAGGAGGGCCAUGAGCAGGAACUUCUGGACCUUGCUGCGCAAGCAAAGAAGGCUGGCGUGGAGUACGAUCCAAACUUCCAUAACAUAAUGACCUCUUAUUUCGCAGAUAAGGAUAACAUCGGGGAGACCAAGCAUUGGUUCAAUAAACCUAUACACAAUAAGCUCCCACCCGCCUCCAUGACAUUAUACAAGGUUCUUCAAUUUGCUCUUCGGAACAAUGAGAAAGAAUGGGCUAUGGGCAUCUAUCAGGACCUCAUCUCCAAACUGGAGUCUGGGCCGUUACGUUACAAUAAACCGUGUUGGGAUACAUCUCUCCAAUGGGCCGUCUUAUUACUCGGCAAAGGAAUUGACCAUAUCGAGCACAUGAUCAAGGUUGCCCAAGAACACACCCGAGAGAAGCCCAGCUCGCAACCCAAUAUAGGCACGAUAAACAGCCUGGUCAAAGUUGCUAUCGACAAGAAAGACCCAUAUCUGGCUGAACGCUUGAUGGCAUUGUCCUAUAAGUUGGGAUUCCAACCGAACUAUAAGACUUACAUGCUUCAGCUAGAGUACCGUGUCCUGGCUGGUGAUCUAAAUGGUGCAUUUGCGGUCUACCACUUACUCCAAGAUCUAGACGUAACAACCAAGGAUAGGGCGCUUCCAGUUCUGAACUCCUUCAUCCGGGCUCUGUGCGCUGCACCGAGUCCUAACCACGACCGGGUACUCGAAGUUACUAGUUAUCUCGAAGAACGGAGCGUAACCCUAGAGCCCGAAACCGUGGUAUCGCUCUGCAUGGCAUUUUUAAAGAACGACGAGAAGUUCGAAGUCAUAGACACUCUAUCGCUUCACACCUUCCACUACAGCAUUAACCAGCGCCAGAUGGUCCGGAAAGCGUUUGUGGAUUACUGUCUGGAUAAGAAUUAUAGCACAGCCCGAGUCUGGGAUGCAUACGCACUAUUACGUCAGUUCUUCCCAGAGGUGGAGCAGGAGCAUCGAGCGGCAAUCAUGGACGCCUUUUUCGAGAGACGCCGCGCCGAUAUGGCGACGCAUGUGUUCGGCCACAUGCGCGCCCACGACAAUCCACAGAUCCGGCCAGUCCUGGAGACAUACGUCCGCUUUUUCGAAGGCAUCGGCAAGGCUCCGGACGAAGAGAGUCUGAGGACCGUCCACAACAUGUUAAAAGUGGACACGACGAUCCAGCCCAAUACGCGGCUCUACAACGCAAUAAUGAUCGGGUAUACCGCAUGCGAGCUAAAAUACAAGGCCCUCGAUUUCUGGACCGAGAUCACGACAUCCCCCGAGGGACCCACCUACGCAUCGCUCGAGAUCGUGUUUCGGACCUACGAAAUCACCAGCGACGGCGACAAGCUCGCCGACGAGCUGUGGGCCAAAAUAAAAAGAAUGGACAUCGACGUGCCCCAACACGUCUACAUCGCGUACAUAGCGACCACAGCGGCGCACGGCCACCUCCGGGAAGCCAAGCUGCUUCUGGAGGACGCCGACAACGUCGUUGGGAAACGACCGAAUUUUCACGAUCUUGGCACUGUGUUCAACGCGUUGCCUUCCGAUGCAAUGAAAAAGGAGUUCGAAGUCUGGGCUGCUGUCGAGUAUCCCCGAGAAUGGGCGGCUCUCAACAACAUGUACGCCAAGCGGAGCAGAGAGGGGCUGGCAGUAUUUAAAAUCGGUCGGGCAUGGAAGGCAUGA